ACUAUUACCCGUCCAUAUUGGUUUGGGGUGAAAAUAUGCUUUGCGGUACAUACAUGGUCGCAAGGGGCCAAGGGCUGUCAGUGGAGAUUGCCAUAUUUGGUACUUGGAUGUCAAAAUGACAUCAUUGCAUGACGAUCAUGCUGGCGCGACUAAAGCGUUGGACACUUUAUCCGCUACACAACACUUUGUCGGAGACACGCCAGUUGACUCUUUCCCAUCUGAAGUCACACAGAAGAUUCCGGAUGAUGAACUCACGAAGAAAGAAGUAGAGCGGACGUCCAAGGGUGAUCAGAAGGAGCCUGGGGCUGGCAAGCGAGCUGGAGCUGCUUCGCGAAACCCAGAUGACUAUGACACGCGUGGUCGAGGAGGACAAGGCAAUACACAACCAGUGGCAGACCCUGUUAUCUGAACUUUGUGCACGCUAGGGAAUCUUUUUUUUUA